AUUUAUUCCCUCCGCCUUGUGGUCCAGCCUAGACCAUCGUUCGGAACCCCACCUGGACAAGCAAUGGCGCGGUGCGAGUCGGUCGACCCGGCGGCCCGGCCCUCUUCCCCCCCCAAACAUGUCGCGAGCAACAACUUGGCGGCGGUGGCGACUCCAGCUGAGGUCGACUGGGACGGCGACGCCGACCCAGCGAACCCCAGGAACUGGAGCCCUUGGUAUCGAUGGUGCCAUAUCGUCGUGAUCUCGCUCCUCACCUUUGUCACGUCUCUAGGUUCAUCGAUGCUGGCUCCUGCCGUCCCGGACGUCAUGAGGUCUCUCGGCUCCGACAACGCGGAGUUGGAAUCAUUCGUCGUUUCUAUCUAUGUGAUUGGAUUUGCUCUAGGCCCGCUUAUCGUUGCCCCGCUGUCAGAAUUGUAUGGUCGCAGCAUGGUUUACCAUGUCUCAAACGUGCUUUUCCUUGGGGCGACGAUUGGAUGCGCCCUGAGUACCAAUGUCGGAAUGUUCCUCGCCUUCCGGUUAAUCUCCGGCAGCGCUGGAGUGACCCCCCUCGCCCUGGGUGGGGGCUCGAUUGGGGACCUCAUGGCGCCCGAGAGAAUGGGGAGGGCGAUGGCAAUCUGGGGACUGGGAUCUCUAGUGUCCCCGGUCUUCGCUCCUAUUGCAGGGGGGUAUCUCAGUGAAGACAUUGGUUGGAGAUGGAUCUUCUGGGUCAUCACCAUUCCGAUGGCCAUCCUAACGGUAUUGUCACCGUUUCUCCUUCGUGAAACGUAUGCCCCCAUAUUGCUAGAACGCAAGGCACGACGACUACGGAGGGAGACCGGAGACCCUAAUAUCAGGUCACACUCAGCCCCACAGCUAUCACAACGGGAGGUGUUUUUCAAUGCGCUGGUGCGGCCGUUGAAGAUGCUCCUGACGUCCCCCGUUGUCAUGACACUGGCAUUCGACGUGGCAGUAGUUUACGGGUACCAGUACCUGGUUUUUACUACACUGUCAUACAUCUUCCAAGAUGUGUACCGUCUGUCGACUGGCCUUUCUGGCCUGGUCUACUUGGGAGACGGGAUCGGCACCAUAUUAGGGAUAUUCGCGAUCGGAUACGCAUCUGAUAAGGUUGCGGAGAGCAAGAAGGCCAGACUAGGUACGCCAGAUGAAACUCUGGCACCAGAAACCUGGUUGUGGCCCAUGAUACCAGCAAGUAUUCUGACUCCAAUCGGUCUUCUUUGGUACGGCUGGUCACUAGAGACACGGGCGUUUCCAGUCAUACCUUUGCUAGGCCUCGGAGUGUUUGGCUUUGGGAUGAUGGGCAUUUUCCAGCCUGUGCAGAUCUAUCUGGUGAAUGCAUUUCCAGCUCAUUCGGCGUCGGCCCUAGCAGCGAGCAACUUGCUGAGGAGCCUAGUAGGAGCAUUGUUGCCUCUUGGAGGUCAGAGGAUGUAUGAAGCAUUGGGCCUCGGAUGGGGAAAUAGCCUGCUGGCCUUUAUUGCUCUAGCAAUGGUGCCGGUUCCAUAUAUCUUGAUAAAGUUUGGGGGACGGAUGAGGAUGUGUGAUAAGAACGUCAACCAAUGAAAGUCGUGGGGUGGGGUGUUAGGGGCAUGAGUACUAAUGCCACGGUAAACCCUUCGGUGGUGUGAUGGACAGAGCAAGAAUAAUACAGCACAGCAUGUACGGUUAGGUGGUGUCGUUGAGUGGAUAGGGGACUAGAAAACAUUUGUCAUUGGUAUGUCUGCUGGAAAUAUGACUAUGAAUGACAACUCGUC